AUGCAGUCGGACUUUGAGUGGGCUACAGAUUACGCGGCGCUGUGCACAUCGUACCCCUUCACCGUGAGCUGGGGGCCCCAUGGAAAAGAGUUGAGGGCCUCCCAACCGAUAGCUUCUGGGCAGACACUUCUUGUGGAGGCCCCUCUGGUAGCUUGGCCUGUGAAAUCAUCUGCUGCUUUCGAGGCGUUUUCCUUUUGUGAAAACUGCCUCAGAAUCCGCCCUUUUCACCCUCAACCCACACAACACAAAAUCAAGCAGCGGCAUGCAUCGGGAAGUUCUGCACCUGCAGCACCUACUGGAGCAACAAAGCACCCUGAAGAGAAUGUCUCAGAGGAUGCAAUGGCUGUCACCUCUGCCGCAGCAUCUGGAGGGGACGAAGAGGAAGCAGGAAUCUGCGUGCGCGACGCAGGCGGCCGCGAGCCCCUUUGGUUUUGCAGCCCCAGGUGUUACCGUCAGGCCUAUGGGACCCCCAAAACACCAGAUGUAGAAGAGGACCUCCCUUCUGCUGCGUCUGUUGCACCCCGCAGUAAGCGCAACCUUGACGGUUCGCUGGCGAGUCCCGCCACCUCCAGAAACGGCAACAGCACCAGCUCCUGGGACGAGCAGCGUGAGUUUGGUUGGAUGGAGCUUUUACCCUUAGGGGCUCUUCUCCGUCUGCGGCAUUAUGACCAGCAACAGCUUGUUGACGGUGGCUCCGAAGCAAGUACAUUUAGGCUGGAACGGACAGCAUUGGAGGGCGAUGCGCAUGCAGAAAGAGCUUCAGAUGGCCCCGCGUGUAGUAGGACGUGCGUUGAAACCAACGAUGAGAGAAACCAUACAACUGGGCAAGAUACUAUCAUUGAGAACCCCAUUGGAGUGGAAGCCUUGGGCCGUACAGUGGCCCGCGUUGCCGCAACAACAGCAACUCUACGGAAUGCUUUCAGUUUGGACUUAGAAUCUGCAUAUGCAGAGGCAUGCCGACCCUUCUUGCGGCUGUGUGCAGCAGCACCUGCUGAAGUUCUCGGUGCUGUUGACCUACAGCGAGCCCAGCAGCUGUUGCAACAGCAGCUGGGGACCCUGCUUGCACAAGCUUUGGGCCCUGAGGCUGCCGAAGCCCUCUUGGGAGAAAGCGCCCUAGCCUUCUUCUACGGGGGCCUCAUGAGGAAUGCUCAGGCGUUGCUACUGUGGGGCGCAACGACAGCCGGCAGCCUCAUGGUGCUGCGAGGGGCUGGAGUGUACGUGCUGCAGGCCUGCUGCAACCACAGCUGCAUACCCAACUGCAGCGUGCACAACGAUCAGGAUGCCUUCAUCUCUCUGAAGGCCGACAAAGACAUUAAAGUGGGAGACGAAAUCACCAUUACCUACGUCCCUCUGGACCUCACAACCGCACAAAGGCAACAGCUCCUCAACAACUAUCAAUUCACCUGCAGCUGCACCAGGUGCACUGAUGAAAUGGAGCAGCAGCAGCGACACCAACCGCCGCAGUGA